AUGACUAAUGAACACUUUUUAAAAGAAUCAACAAGAUUAAUCAGGAAGGUUCUUAUUUAAUUAUUACUUUUAGGGUUGUCUUAGGAAGAAUAUAUAAUUAUUGGAGAGAGUAAAAAAUAGUGAUUUUGAACUGAAUAAAUCUUAAGAAAUGGAAAUUUUGAGAAGAUAAGUUUAUUCUUUAAACAAAAUCUUAGAGAGUUAUCUUUAUAGAAAUAUAUCCUUCUAUAAAAAAACUGCAUUGAUUGUAAUUAGCAAGUCAAAGUAAUUUUUGUAAUAAUGGUAUGAUUUGAUAAGAUCGUAAUUUAAACAUAAAAAGCCAAGUAAUUUACAUCAUUAAUUUAUCCUAGAUAUUAAAAUGAUAUAAUUUUUUUUAUAUGAACUUCUUAAGUAUACUUAGAAUAUAAGUAUUAAGUUUUAUAGAGAAGAAACUUAUCAUUUAUCAUAUUUUUAUUGCAAUGCUUCAAAAUAGGUGUUAGAGUAAUUAAAUGGAUUUAAAUUCAAAGUAUUUUUUGAUUAACUUUUUUAACGAUUAGAUUUGGUAAUAUUCAUCAAGAGAAGUUUGGACUGAUAUAAUUAUGGGAAAUAUGUUAUUAUAAAAUUAGAAGUAUAUAUUUAAUUUCAUUAAAAAAGUUUUGAAUUAGCAAGUGUUGAAUUUGAAAAUAGUUUGAUGAAAAUUCAAAAAAAUAUUUUGUAAAUAAUUAGUUAUAAAAUUGAAAAGAGUUUAUCAAAAGAAAAAGUUAAAAAAUAUGCUAUUAGAUAAGUAAUUAAGUUAAAAUGUAAUUUAGAUGAUAAUGCUUUUUCAUAUAUUUUAUUUACUUUGUAUCUCCUAUCUAUAUUCUGAUAAAUUAUCAAAAUAUUAGGAACUUUUAAAAUUACUUUAUUAUUUAAAUAAGCACAAUUAGUAUAAUGGUGAAUAAUCUAAAUUGUUAAAAGAUUUUAUAAAGUAACAUAAUCACAAAUUGGAAAUUUACUUACAAGAAUAAGGUGAGAUAUAAAAGAUAAUGUCAUAAAUGUAUGAGAUUCCAGAAACUAAGGCAGAAGAAAAGCCUAAUUAUAUUGAUGAACAUUUCUAUAAGAAAUAUCAAAUAAAAGAAUUAAACAAUCAAGCUUUUUUUAGAAAUAACUACUAAGUUAAAUAAAUUUAAAAGAGAUGUUCAAUUAUAAUAAAAGGGAAAGAUAAAAGAUAAAAUAGCCCAACUAUUCAUUAAAAUUAACCUUUAACUUAAUAUUAUGAUACAACAAUUAAUAUUAAUUUGAAAUCAUAAUAAAAUUAAUCAUAAUCUCCAAAUACAAAUCUUAAAUAAUAAUAAUUAUUAUUUUCAAAAAAGAAUAUUAAAAAAGAAAGCUUUUCUUAUAUAAAAUCAGAAAGAGAAUCAAUGAAAUAUUUGGAUACAAAAAUAUAAGGUUCUUUAAAAAAAGAAUCUUUUUAUUCUUAUAAUGAGCUUAGUAAAGAUAUGGAAACUAAUAUAUCGAUAAAUAGUGAUGAAUAGAAGUAAUUAAAAUCUGAUAGAUCAUUACUAAGAUCUAAGAGUAUAAGAGAAAAUAAAAGAGAUAUAAAUUAAUAAACAAAAAUGGCGAUAUUUAAUUUAAUUGAAGCGAAAUCUUUGUAUUAUAUGGAGGUUUAAAAGGCAAAUUGUAAAUUAAAGAAUAUAUAAUAAUUAAAGGAUCAGUAAUAAAAAAAGAUGAUUUCUGAUAAAUUAAUAUAAGAUAUGAAAUAUAUUUAAAAGCAACCAUCAAUGAUGCUAAGUACAGAAUAAUUAGAGGAGAAAGAUGGAAACCAGAUUUAUAAAGAAGUUGUUAAUGUAAUUUUGUUUUGUAAUUUAAAAGGAUCUUAAAAAAUUGGCUGAUAAUUAUAUAAGUAAAUUGUAAAUGUAUGAAAAAUCGUCAGUUCGAUAAAGAAUAUAUACUUAAUAACAAUAAGGAAAUAGUUAGUAAUAAAAUGGUAUUCCUGCUAUUGCAAAAUGUAAAGAGUUGUCAAAAUCAAUUUAAUAAUAAAAAGAAUUUUAUUGA